GCCUUCUACCCCACCCACGUCCACUGCAUCGCUUGCAUCGUCGGUGCAUCGACUUGGUGUACCUGUCGCAGCCUUUUGGCUGUCGUCGCCACCUCCGCGCGCCACACGACGUCUUUGCCUUUGCGCAUCACCUUAUCCCACAUCCGCACCUUGCAGCACAUCACUAACACUACUGCAGGUAAGUCCACCGGUGGCAAGGCUCCCCGCAAGCAGCUCGCCUCCAAGGCCGCCCGCAAGUCCGCACCAUCAACCGGUGGUGUCAAGAAGCCUCAUCGCUACAAGCCCGGUACCGUCGCUCUCCGUGAGAUCCGUCGUUACCAGAAGUCCACCGAGCUUCUCAUCCGCAAGCUGCCCUUCCAGCGUCUUGUCCGUGAGAUUGCCCAGGACUUCAAGUCGGAUCUCCGCUUCCAGUCCUCCGCCAUUGGUGCUCUUCAGGAGUCCGUCGAGGCCUACCUCGUCUCCCUCUUCGAGGACACCAACCUCUGCGCCAUUCACGCCAAGCGUGUCACCAUCCAGUCCAAGGACAUCCAGCUCGCUCGUCGUCUCCGCGGUGAGCGCGGUUAAGCUUGUCUCUUCAUGAUGCCGACCUCACGACAACUUCU